AUGGCUGAAAUGCAGACUUUAACAGUGGAGAAUCUUGCGGAUCACCAUAGCGACCACAACGGAAGUACGCGACCAUCACUGGUCCCGAAGGAAGGCAGCGAGGGUCCUCAUACGACCAAUCCCAUGAAGCUGCAGAAUACGUACAAACUGCAGCCUGAUCACAGUGAAGUGUUCAAACCCGAAAGUGUGCGUGUCAUUAUACAGGAAGUACUCGAUGAAUGCCUGGAUGGUGAGAAGUACAACCCUAAGCAGUGCCUCUCGCAGAUGCUGACGGAUCUCAUUAAGUCGCGCGUGAAGGACAUGGGAUUUCAGCGGUACAAGUAUGUAGUUACUGUGACCAUUGGCCAGGACAGUAACCAGGGAGUUCGUGUAGUCAGCCGGUGUCUGUGGAACAAGGACACAGACAAUUACGCCGAGACUAGUUAUAACAAGAAUGGAUUGUGCGCGGAAGCCGCUAUGUACGCUUGUUAUUUUGAAAAGUUCAUUGCUAACUGACCUGUAGCUUGCAUGGCGGGUGAGAUGUUUCAAUAUUAAUGUUAUUUAUUUUGAUGAAUACUUAUGCAAUAUAUGUUUAUUUGUGAGUUCAUUUGCAA